CUACUCCGAUGCAAUAGGUGGCGGUAUUCACCUUUAAAUCGUGACCCGCCAUUAAGCCAAACGAAGAAGAAACAGGUCACUUCCGGUAUGCCGUAAAGUGAAACAGGAAAUGAAGCAGGAGUACCAGGAAGUGGUUCUGCGGGCGUGUGGCGCGUCCUCGCUGCGUGUCGGCGCCAGGAUCCAACGUCUGUGGAGCGGCUACGGGGAGAUAGUCCGCCUCCACCUGGAGGGCUGCGAGCGGCCCUCGGUGGUCGUCAAGCACGUCAAGUUCCCCGCACGGGCGGAGGAGAACACCCCGGAAGGCCGCUCGCAGGCGAGGAAGGUCCGGUCCUACGUGGUGGAGACACACUGGUACCAGAACUAUUCCACCCUCAGCUGCAGGACACCGUCCUGUCUGGCGGCUUGUUCCGAUGGAGACGAGAUGCUCAUCGUGCUGGAGGACAUGGACGUGGCAGGAUAUGAGCAGAGACGAACCAGCGUGAAGGAUAAAGAGAUGCGGGCGUGUCUCAGCUGGCUGGCCCACUUCCACGCUCUUUUCCUGGGCGUGGCACCGGAGGGCUUGUGGGCGGUGGGCACCUACUGGCACCUGGAGACCCGCCCUGACGAGCUGGAGGCAAUGGAUGACGCCCAGCUCAGGGCGGCCGCCGGGGACAUCGACAGGACCCUCAGCCGGUGCCGCUUCCAGACGCUGGUGCACGGCGACGCCAAGUUGGCCAACUUCUGCUUCUCCCGCAGCGGACAGGAAGUGGCGGCGGUGGACUUCCAGUACGUCGGCGGUGGCUGCGGCAUGAAAGACGUGGUGUACUUUUUAGGGAGCUGCAUGGAGGAGAGGGAGUGUGACAAGAAGGUUCCGGGCCUGCUGGAGCAUUAUUUCUCCGAGUUAAAAGUGUCUGCGAGCAAAGACGUGGACUUUGCGGCGUUAGAGGAGGAGUGGAGGGAGAUGUUUGCAUUCGCCUGGACCGACUUUCAUCGUUUCUUGCUGGGAUGGAUGCCGGGACACUGGAAGAUCAACAGGUACAGCAAACAACUCACUAAGGAGGUUCUGCACAAGCUGAAGCUUUGACAAGCAGAAACUUCAAACUUUACUCCACUUUGAACAUUUUCAUUUGACACUUUCAGCAAAAACAGUCAUUGCCAUAAAAGUCAAGUAUGUGCAUUAAUACACUCCUAAAUGAAGAUGUAUUACAAAAAUCGGACAUUUGCCUGAAAAUGUAUAAUACGAGCUGGUGUGACCUUUAUGCUGUCACUCAUCGCUGUGUCGUACACACCCCUCGCACGUGCACAAAAUUAGUCCUAGAAAAGUAACUAACAAUUGACAGUCAUGUUGUUGUUAUGAUAGAACAGGAGAGUCCAAAGUGCAGCCCGGGGGUCAUUUGUGGCUCGCAGCUAAUUUUUUUACGGCCUGCAGCACACUCUAAUAAUACUGUUAAAAAAUGUUUUAUUACAACACUAAUUUAAAAAGUGGAUUAAAACGGCAAACAGGUGGAAUAUAGUGAGGAAAAGUUUUUUUACACUGUCAUUGCUCAAAAAUAAUAGUGACUCAAAAUCACUGUUGUUAUGAAUUAUUGACCUAUUUAAGGCUCCAAUUAAUUCACAUGAAAUAUCCCGCAAUGAACAAUUUUAGGGGGAAUUUUUGCAUAUUUUGUUUUUGCCAGGUUUUCUUUGACAAAAAAGGCAUACAAAAACCAAUUAAAAAACAUAAUUGAUAGAGCUGAAGUUGAUUUCGAGAUUAAAGCGUUGAAACUAAAAAAAAAAAAAAAGAGAAUGCCUUAUUUUUAACACUUUUAUAUGUAGGGCCGUUUUGGCCCCCCAAGAUUAUUUUGUGGGAUUUGUUUUUUGUUUUUUUUUUGGAAAAAACUGUGAUCGCUCAAAAAUAAUGAAUGAACGAAUAAAUGGUGUUUUGAAUUAUUGACCUGUUUAAAGCUCCAA